CUUGGUUCACAUUAACUGGUGAAUUUGUAGAAAAACUAUGAAAGGUUUCCAGGUUAUCGCUCAGCAUUCAUCGCUGCUCACUGCGGCAGCCAGAGACUUCCGCACUUUGUCCGAACAAUUUUCGGAGUUGAGUAUCCGUUUGGACCAGAUCACCCAGCCGGUUGGAGGGCAACCUCUUCCUACACCCACUGGGACACCUUUCAACGCUGAGCGUGAGCCACACGUGGUGACUCCUCCCACCUUCGACGGAGAUCCCAACACCUGCCGGGCCUUCCUGCAGCAGUGUUCCCUAGUUUUCGCCCUCCAGCCCCGGAGAUUUGCCACCGCUAUGUCCAAGGUAGCUUUUGUUUUGACUUUACUCACCUGGAGUGCGAGGGAAUGGGGAAUGGCAAGCCCCGUGCACGGCUUCGUUUGAGGCUCUCGAGGGAGAAAUGCGUCUUUUUGAUCGAUCCCUCCGAGGCGACAUGGCGGCAGCCGAGUUGGUGAGGCUACAACAGCGAAGAUCGUCCGUCACGGAUUACGCCAUCUCAUUUAAGACGCUAGCCAUCACCACCGGGUGGAACGAUACGGCGCUUCGGGCUCAGUUCCUCGAGGGCCUUAACCCUUCCAUCCAGGACGAAGUCGCUGCACGGGAUCCACCUACAUCUCUAGAGGCUGCGAUCGACAUGGCGUUGAGGAUCGAGUCGCGACACCAUCAACGUGAUCUCCGCCGGUCGUUUCGCCAGACUGCCUUUUUACCGGAGGAGUUGGUUUCAUCACCAUUACCUGAUACAGAGGAGCCGAUGCAACUGGGUAAUCUCCGCCUUACCGCCGCUGAGAAACAACUUCGCCUGUCAAGUGGUUUGUGUUUAUACUGCGGUAAGGCGGGGCACGUUGCCGCUUCAUGUCCAGUAAAAGGUACUGCCCGCUGAUGAUCUCGGGAGUUUCGGUGGGUGUGUCAUCUCUCAAACCUCCCGUAAGCCUCACUAUUCUCCCUGUCGUUGUGGUUUUUAAUCAGUGUAACUUCCAGUCGCAGGCUCUGUUGGAUUCCGGGGCGGAGGCGAGUUUUCUGGAUGCUGGUUUGGCUGGUUCCUGGGAUAUUCCUGCUAUCCAUUUGUCCUCUCCUCUCUCUGCUUGGACGUUAAAGGGACAGCACAUGGCUAUGAUCACCCAUCGCACACCCCCUGUGAGUUUGUUUGUUUCUGGCAAUCAUCGUGAGGAAAUUAUAUUUUAUUUGAUGGAUUCAUCCCAAUCGCCAGUUAUUCUAGGGCAUGACUGGUUGUCUAAACAUAAUCCUCACGUUGAUUGGCAGAACAGUGUUGUCUUGUCUUGGAAGUCUUUGUGUCAUGUUUCAUGUCUCGGUCCGGCUCCCUCUGCUUCUUUGUGUUCUACCUUUCAGAUUCCUGCUGCCGAUCUCUCGGGGGUCCCGGCGGAUUACUCUGAUCUGCAUCGAGUGUUCAGUAAGGCUCGGGCCACCUCCCUACCUCCUCACCGGUCGUAUGAUUGUUCCAUCGAUCUCCUCCCAGUUGGACUCUUCUGAUAUUGAGGAGGAAGACUUUGAGUUUGUUCACCCCAGUCAGGCAACGAACAGACAAUUUGAUUUCUUUCAUCCAAAUCCCUUCAUUGAAGGUGAUGUUUUCGGAGAUGAUCAUUUCCCAAAGGCUGAUGUGACAGAAUGUUUACCAAGGGAUCCAUUCAAAGGCACGGACCCUUUUGCCUCAGACAUGCUCUUUGUCGACAUAACAGAAGAAAAGUGUUGUGAUGAUAUAUUGAUCACUGCAGACAAAAGUCUUCCAGAAACAGUGCACUACCCUCUCCAGUCUGGUGGAAGAGAGAAAGACUAUGGUACUUUUAACACUUCGGUCAACCUGCCAGUAGAUGCUCAUUUCAAACAGUCCACCCGAAAGCUUGAUCGCUGUUUGUCCAUGCCCAGUCAAAGUACAGGUCUGAAGUCUCGCAGUAAUACCUGUCCUGAGGCUGGAACAAGCAUAACACCAGGCCAAAUUCUUGAUGCAGUACAACGAGCUGUAGUAACAGAAGCUGUCAGCCCACAGCUUGAUGAAGACUGUGCUUAUAAAUCUGUCCCAGGUCACAGCUCUUCAGAGUGCGAUUCCAGUGAUGGUGAUGUUGAAGAUGAGGAGGAAGACAGGGUACAGACUGGAUUGCUGUGUGGUCUGCAGAAGAUCAUCACAGGGUCCUAUACUGAGUUUCCUCUUAGCCCAUGUGACACUGAGCCCUACCCAGUCAUAAAUGAUACUGUCAAGACUUUUGAGCAUCAAAGUAUUAUCACUUCUGAAAAAUAUGCUGCAAGUGACAAAGAUUGCUGUCACCCUGAACUUGGAAAUGUUGAGACCUCCCCCCUAGACCUUAAUAAUCCAGGUACUUUGUGUGACAUCAGAAGUGACCAGCUCACUGCUUUAGAUGCAUAUGACUAUAAAUAUGGAGACAUGUUCUUUUUCACAGUUAGAUUAGACCCUAGUAGUCCUGAGCUACAUAAUCCCAGUCCAGUUUGUCCUGAUUCCAACGAUGUGAAGAAAUGUGGGUCCCUCAGCCAGUUACCCUGGACGGAAAAUUCUUUAAGCCUUGAAUCUAAUGACACAGAUACAUUUAAAUGUUGCACCCCUAAGCCUGAAGACACCAAACACCAUAGCCUGAUCGGUUACGUUGAGAAAUGUGUAGACAAAGUAAAACUGGAGAUGGCAGUAAACAGUGCGAAAUUAGAAUCUGAUUAUGAAACGUGGAAUUUACACACUUCACAUCUUACAUGCGAGGAUCAGAUUGCUUGUGAAAGCAUACCUAAUUCAGAUAAUAAUGACCAAUGGAAAGCAAAUCAAAGCCCAGAUACACAUAUUCUUGAUUCACUAGUCCAGGAUACAGAAGUUUUUACACCUUUAAAAUCUACAGUUGAAGGCAUCUAUAGUCUGCUCAGCAACACAGAGGUUUCAGCUACUGACCAGCUUUCUGCUCAUGAGAAACUCAACCUUGAUGGCAGUGAUUCACAACAGCAUGAAUCACACUGUUCUGAAAGCCUGGCCGUAAGCAAAUCUGAUCUUCAGUAUUUUGACCCAUUCAGUCCCCUGUCCACCGAGUCGACUGACUGUGUGUCUAAAUUUGAUGAAAUGUACACCAUAAGCUCUCAUAAUGCUCCAAGACUUGAUUCUGGUUACCAUGAAGUUGAUACUCCAACCCCUGUAAGUCAAGACCCUAUGGACACAAGAAAAUAUAGUUUUUCUCUUCAAGACCCAUGUUACCCAACAAGCAAAGAAAGCAAUUCCCACAUUACCGAUCCAUUCAGUCCCAAAUCUGUUGAUACCGGGAUAUUUGACUCAGAAACUGAAAACUGUGAGUUUAAUUAUAUGAUUAACUGUCAGUCCUUCACUCCUCAACUAGCUUCCACAGAUUUAAGUAAUCCUGAUAAGAAGCCCAUGUCUUUCUUUAAUACUGUAUCCUGUGAUGUGCUAAGUGAUAAUCUCAAUGGAUCUGAACUUGAUGAUUGUUACAUUGUCUGUCCUUUUCCACAAAAGAUAGAAAACUAUAGUGCUGAUAGCAUUGAAAACCGUGUAAUCCCUGGAGACGGAUGUCCAGUUACUGGAGAAACCAAACCUAGCUCUAUGGCAUCAAAUGGUCUUUCUUCUCAGGCGAAUAACUGCAGUUCUGUGUGGAGAACCUCAGAAAUAACCCUCCCCAACCCUGAGAUGUUUGACUCUGUGAAACAUUCUGUCUUUGAGUUUAGUACCACUGCUUUUGACUCUAAUGGGCUCAAUAUAAGCAAACAAGCUGAAGAUAUUACAAACAACGCUGUAAAUGUUACAAGAAAGCCUGACCUUGCUGACAUUGACCAAUUUUGUUCUGAGCUCAGUAAAAUGGUGUCCUCACGUUCAUCCGAUACUGUGCAGCAAAGUGUGACAGAGAUGCUAUUUGGCUCUGAUCCAAACACAUCUAGCUUUUACCCCUGGGAUUUUGAAAAGCAGCACCAUAAUUAUUAGUUUCAUAAUUAUUAGUUACAGUUUUGUCUCAUGGCUGCAUUUACAUAAUGAUUUUUUGUUACUUUCAUAUUUCAGUCCAAGAUGCAUGAAGUGUUAAAGUGUAAAAGUGUCCAAUACAACUUAGCAGUCAGCCCAAUGUAACUUGAUGUAGCUCCAUUACUAAUUUAUGGAAGUGUUCCCAUUGCAUUAUUUUUUACUAAAUGCCUGUUGUGGCCAAAUACUGAUAUGUAGCAUAACGAAUAGCAUUUAAGCCCUUCUGGGCUUUAAAGUCAUGUCUGUUUAAAUUUAGUUUCAUGUGACAUUACCUUACUAUUCAGCAUUUGAAAGAAGUCAUUUUAAAAGAAAAUUAUUGUAAUUUAUUAGUAAUAUUCAUAUAAAAGAUUACAUUGAUGUAUUCUAUAUUGUAAUUAAUAUUUAUUUAUUACUAAUAUUAUUGUUUUUAUACUUUGCAACAUUAUUCACCUGUGUGUAAACAAUAAGAACAAUCAAGUUGUACUAGGAAAUUCAAAUAAUGUUGUUUAAUAAAUUAUAUGAUCAAUAAAACUGCAAAUAAAAUGUUUUUUUUUUCACGUCAAUGUAAUUUUGACUGCCUUUACUCAAGGACAGUCAGUUUUUCCAGAUGCCUUAAUUUACAGUCAACCUAAAGUUCUCUGUCAUUGUGUCUAAAUGCUGCACAGUAAACAGGUUUAUUUAAGCGUCACCCCACCCUAUUGAGUUAAAUCUACACUCUUGGAGCUUUCAAACAAUAUACAGUUCGUCAUGAUUAGAUAAGAAUUCAUAGGCAAACAUUGAAGUAAAUGUAGUCGUCCUGCUGGUGGGACAGUGACAUUUAGCAGAAAAUACAUUUUUUGAGGCAGACUCUCUUCAUAAAUGAAUCAAUUACUCUCCCUACAUAAUUUAUUUUAUAAAACACUGUUGAAAUGUCUAUUCUGGAGGCUUAGACCUUUCCAACGAUAUAUAGUUUGUAGUGAUAGAUUAAAAUUUACAUCAACAAUAUUAAUGCAAACUUAGGUGUCCCGUAUUCGGGACGGCGACGCUUAACAGUU